AUGCAUCAUAAGCACGAGAAACUUCUUUCUAAAAUUCUAGGGAUAAAAUUUAUGAGUUCUUCUGAGAAGUACUUAGGUACUCAUCUUUUCGUUAAUAGAGAUAAAACUAAAUCUUUUCAAUUUUUAAUAGAUAAAUUCUAUACCAGAUUAGGAAAUUCAAAAAAAUCUAGUCUGAAUGUUGCUGGUAGAACUGUGGUGACAAAGCAUGUGUUAUCUAGUCUUGCUGUUUAUCAUAUGUCUUGUUUCCCAUUUCCUAAGAAGAUUACUUCAAAAAUUGAUUCUAUUCAAAGAUCUUUUUGGUUGUCCAAGAAAUACUCUAGGCAUGCUGUUUAUUUUCGUUCUUGGGGAGAUAUAGGAAAGGAUAAAAGAUGUGGUCGGCUUGGUACUAGGAAUACUUAUGCUACCAACAAAGUUUUUAUAGCUAAACUUGGUUGGAGAAUUAUUCAAAAUCCUGAUCACUUAGUUUCAAAUUUUUUGAAAGACAAAUAUGUCAUUAAUCAAAAUCUGCUGGAAAUUGAUAAAGCAGCUAAUUAUAACUCUUGGAUUUGGAAGGAUGUUGUUAGAAUUAGGACUAUUAAGGUUAAUCUUCUUCUUAAAGAUCAAAUUAUGUGGGCUCAUACCAAAGAUGAUUCUUAUACUAUUAAAUCUGCGUAUAAAGUUUAUAAGAAUGAAAUUAGUAAUGGGGAAAAAGCUUUGUUUUGGAAAAAGUUUGAUGAUAGAUUAGGGCAGUCCCUUUUUGUGGUUAAUUGGCCAAGUCUAGGUGCAAUAGUUAUGUGGUGUAUUUGGAAACUUAGAUGCGAUGUGGUUUUCAGUAAAGUUGCUAUUGAUAUUGAUAAAAUAACCCUUAACUCGAAAAGAAUGAUAAACGCUUAUAUAGCUGCUCCUAACAAGAUUCAGAAAACUAAUAUGGAAGUUAAAAUUCUUAUUAAUUUGGUGGAUCAUUUUCUGUUCACUGAUAGUUCUUUCAAGAAUUUUAACAUGGGUAUUGGUAUGAUUCUGUGUGAUAAUGCAGGAACAAUAGUUCAAUCGCGUUCGGACUUUGGUCUGAUUUCUGAUGCAGUGGUUGGUGAGACGACUGCUCUGUUUUUUGCCAUCUCCUGGGCAAAGGAGAUCAAUUUUUCUAAAGUCUUGUUUAUCUAUGACUGCCUUCAAGUAGUGGAUUUUGUUAAUGGAAGCAGUGUUUGUGUCGAAUGGAGAUGCAAGGAUAUUUUGGUGGACUGCAAAUCUUUACUCUUAAGUAAUAAUAAUUUUAAGGAGAAGACCCUUGUUGAACGUUUGUAA